AUGGAACUUGCUGUAACAAGAGUGGGUGUGGAACGUAUCAGAUGUAUGGCACACUCUUUACAAUUAGUGCUGAAGGAUGCGUUUUCAGGAGAAGAGAAAAUAAAUGAAAUGAUUACAAAGGCGAGGUCUAUAAUUGGUCACUUCAGUCAUUCUACGUCAGGUCGUAAAAUCCUUACUGAAAUGCAGAAAUCUCAUAAUGUUCCUUGUCAUGUGCUCAUCCAGGAUGUCAGCACUCGCUGGGAUUCUACCCUUCACGCGCUUAGAAGACUUCUUGAGCAGCGAGUUGCAGUUCAAGCAUCUUUACCCCAUGUGAAAUGUAGAACUGAAUUGGCUACAAAAGAGUGGGAGAGUCCUAAUUCUACAGAGGCGCCGCGACAAAAUCAAAAUCAGAUUUUCUCGGGUAUCUGGUCUGCUUGUGACAGUUUAAUAAAAGAAGCAGAAGACGACGAGCCUUUAUCAAACAUGUCUAUUCAGCGUGAGCAAGAAGAGGUAGAAUCUUAUUUAAGAUUUCCAAACAUUCCAAUCAAACAAGAUCCAAAGAUCUAUUGGCGCCAAGAAGAUAAAUAUCCAAAAUUAAAAAAGCUUGCACAAAAAUACUUGUCUUAUCCAAUGAGCUCAGUUGCUUCAGAACGUCUCUCUCUCAACUGCAGGCCUAAUACAAAA